UUAUUAUUACUAAUUUUUCGCGCGAGUUGCACUAAUUACAGAAAAUCGUUCGCGUUCCGAACGCCCUGAGUUGAUGUACGCUUGAAAAAUUCGCCGUUUGUGUUCUGAAAAAUUCAAACGAUGAUUAGCUUGUGUACAUUGAUACGAUAGCAGACUUUCUGCUAACUCGUUAUAUUUACAUAUCUGUAUUACGAUAGUGAAAUUGCGCGCGAUAUUAUUUAUAACAACGUUUUUGUUGAAAUUUUUCAUCGUAAAAUUUAAUAAUGAUCGUAUUUGAUUACAUUUGGUGAGUGCGGUGUAGCGGUGUUCUGCGUUGCGUUGCUAAAAAAAAAAAAGAGCGCCGGAAUACGCGGUUAAAAAAAUCAGCUUACCAAAGCAUUCCAAAUACGAUGAAUAUGCCUGCAUGCGUGGUGAAAUUUUAUAACUACUGAUUUGUGUAUAAUUAUGAAGGAAAUGGUUGCCGGUUGUUGUGUGUGUUCGGAUGAAACAGGAUGGUCGGAGAACCCAUUGGUGUAUUGCGACGGUAUAGGAUGCAAUAUUGGUGUACAUCAAGCGUGCUACGGAAUAGUCUCAGUUCCCAGUGGUAAUUGGUACUGUCGCAAGUGUGAAUCUCAAGAACGUUCUGCCCGUGUGCGAUGCGAAUUAUGCCCUUCAAAAGACGGUGCUUUGAAACGAACUGAUACUGGUGGCUGGGCACAUGUUGUAUGUGGUCUGUACAUACCCGAAGUUAGGUUUGGCAGUGUUACUACGAUGGAGCCUAUAGUUUUAUCGCAAAUACCAACCGAGCGAUAUAAUAAAGUAUGUUAUAUUUGUGAACAAAACAACAGAGGUAGUAGAGCGUCCGUAGGCGCCUGUAUGCAAUGUAAUAAAGCUGGUUGUAAGCAACAGUUCCACGUUACAUGUGCUCAAGCAUUGGGUUUAUUAUGUGAAGAGGCGGGUAAUUACGUCGAUAAUGUGAAAUAUUGCGGGUACUGCCAGGAACAUUACCUAAAACUGAAAAAAGGAACCAAUGUGAAAACCAUUCCCCCAUAUAGACCACUCGUGUCGAAUAAUUCCGGAUCUGAUGAGUCGCCUGAAAAGAAACCUCUACCUAAUCAGCUUCCUGAUAGUAAACAAGCUACUAAACGUAAAUCUGUCUCGAGUAGGCCGUCUUUGAAUCAAAAUGGACCAUCGAAACCGUCGAUCAGCGAUAAAAAAGAACCGACCAACCCUCCUCCUCCACCCGACCAAUUGAACGGUUCCUCGGUUGGCAACCCCUUGAAUACCAGUGUUUCUACUCCGGGAGGAUCUGGUAAAAAUGAUAACAGCUCGAGAUUUACGACAUCGAAUUUUGUCGAAAGUGUCAUCACACCCAGUGAAAGCGUGUUCGCUGACAUGCAAAAGAAUAAUAAAAAACGUAAAACGAACGAGCAGCUGCCGUCUCCUGUGAGUAAUACCUCUAAUAUCCUCGAAUCGGAGAAAAUAUUUAGUAAAUUUGGAAUUUCGGAAGAGGAAAACGACGACGGUAGCGAGGUUACACUCAAUUUCAUCGAAGAACCUAAUCUGUCUACGUUGAAAGCAGAGAACGCUGUUAACGCUGCUAAGAUUUCUACGAGUUUUAAUUUGUUAACCACCACAAGUGUUAGUACGAAUGUUACGAGUGUAAUAUCGUUACCGAGCAUUUCGACGACGCAGACUAGUAUUUCCACAAAUCCGACCACAACGGUCCAAAGUACCAAUCCAACGAAUUCCUUUAGUAAUCCUGUUACGUCGUCGUAUCUGUCUUCGGCGUCGUCUUCUUUCCCAGAAUCUAAACUUCCUGCCGCCAAGAGCGAUUCGAACCCAAAUGAGAAAAAUCGUUCUAAGCAGAAAAAACCAGCCAACACGAAUACAUCGAAUAAAAAAGGUGGCAAGGUCAAUCGCGAGUCUCCUUCGACAAAUGGUCCAGUUCCCGAAACUGUGGUAUCGUUCGCGUCAAAUGCCAACGCUUAUCCAGAACGUAGUAAUUCUGUUUUAUCCAAUGUAUCUGUUAAAAGCGAGUCUAUGGAUUCCUGCACGACUUCCAACGUGGUGCCUCCAAUUGAACCUAAAGAAUCGCCUCCAACCAGUCCAGAGAAUGCUACCGCCGCUAAGCCGAAUAAAUCCGAGGACCAGCCCGUUCGGCAGUUCAAAAUGUUCCAAAGCGGUGUUAGUGCGCCGCAUAUGUUGGGUAAUCAAUUAAAUCCAGCAUCUUCGAUGGCACAAAAAAUGUCGGAUACGUUGAACGACGAAUUAGAAGCACAUAGCAUUUUCACCAGCGCUGAUUCGAACUCGAAUACUAAUAAUUUCGUGGGACCUCCUUUGUACAAUAAAAUAAUCUCUUCGACUAGAGCUGCAGAUGCUUCAAAACGUAGUAAUUCGCCUUCAUCGAAUGGUCCAUUAGCCAGUUUAUCAAGUUCGGCAGCUAAUUUUCCUCAAUCUCUGGAAGAAUUGUUGGAAACUCAAUGGGAACAAGGAGGCACUUUUCUUAUGGAACAAGCUCAACAUUUUGAUAUUGCAUCAUUGUUGACCUGUCUACAUAAGUUACGAGAAGAGAAUCUCGGCUUAGAAGAACAUAUCAGAAAGCUAAAGGCUCGUCGGGAUCAUUUACUUGGGGUAAACGCUCGAUUAGCGAUGCCUUUGACGCCUUUACCACAACCCGUCGCGAAUGUUCACACAUCGGCGCAGUCACUCCCUCCUCACUCUUCGAUCACCCAAACUAUAUCCCAAGCGCCGAUUAGCCAUCACGUAUCUCAGCAAUCACACCAUCCGGUCCCUCAGGCCAGUCAACAUCCGUCUCAUACCUCGCAUUCGCAAUAUCAUUCGUCAAACGCGCAACAACCGCAAGUAAACAGUGUUACCGAUCCGGCCUCUUUGCGUAAUAUACCACUGCCUCCGAGCGCGUAUUCGUCUUCCUCCGGUACUUCAAUGAGGCCUUCGCACGGGCCGCCAGUGUAUCAGAAUGUGCAUCAUUUAGAGAACGGUCUACCUUCGGGGGUGCCCUCGCAUCACCAUUCACGUUCGUCGUCUUCUCAGUCGUCGUCCGGUGCUAUCAGACAUCACGGAUCUGCUGGCGGUUCCAUGUACGGUGCUAGCCAAGGAUCCAAUCAGGGGGUUGUCGUUAGAGCUUCUAAUUUACCAUUACAACCACCUGAUCGAAGGGGCGGAUCUGUCGUAUCGUCCAAUUACCAACAACCUUAUCAGAUGACGAGUAUGGCACAUCAGCAACAGAUGCUUCAUCGUGAAGAUGCCUAUCAUGGGAUGCAUUCAAAACAAAAUUAAUUUAAUUAUAUGGAUUUUAAAAAAUAUUCGUGUGAUUAUGUAAAUUUUCCAAGACUUGUAUGCAAUUUUAUUAAGUUUCGUAUGUAUGUAAUAUGUAUAUUGUGUGUAUGCGUGGUGCGGUGUGUUUUAGGGUUUGUUUGUUUGUUUUGUUGCCCGUGUAAAAUAGUGACAAUAUACCAAGUAAGUUUACUACCUGUACACAAACGAUAUUUUGAAAUGCUACUACAUUUUAUAUUUGGGGGUUUUUCUCUUUGAUACUUAUUCAUUUUCAUUUAUUAUAGAAAUUCGUGUAACCGUGUACUGAGCUACUGUUUUCUAAGAUUACCAUUUAUCGGACUAUGAUCUCUAUUUUUAUAUUGUAAAUACCUAGAUUUAUAUACUUAUUCAUUUUCAAAGGUGUUCAUUGAGAAAAUAAUUGUCGUCAAAGUGGGAAAUACUGUGCAAAGUUUGCUCAUUUUGUUUUUUUAUACAUAUUGUGUACAUUUUCACGUGUAAACUAUUGUGGGGGGGGGGAUUUUCUUUUUUUAUCUGUAUGAGAUGGCUGAAAAAUUCUAACGCCGGCCUCUCGACUUCUUUCGUCGUUUAUUUCGAUUAAAGUACGAUUUUCUGUAACGUAACUCGUUCGUCUUUCCGCGAAAGCGUUUUCUCACAAAAUCUGAUUGUGAACUCUGUGCAGGUUGCUCCCUUUUGUGCCCUCUCCGCGUCAUUAUGUUACAUUUAAAUCAAAAUAAACAAAUUAAUUGUUCGAGUGGCUCGGUACAUUUUUAAAAAAUUCUAAAAGGUGUUCCUGUACGAUAAGUGUAUGUAUUCUAAUGCUAAACGUUGAAAUAUUGUACGUAUUAAUAGUUAACUUCAAUGUUUGUUGAAAAUUCGUCUGUCGUUAUAAAAUUAACGAAAUGACUGUAUUAAAAUCAAGGUUAAUCUUUAGCAUAAAUUCAAACUGGUUGAUUUUUUUCUUCUAUUUUUUAAAUAGACUAUGAAGUUUAUUAUUGCAAA